AUGGACCAAGCACCAGCAAAAGAGGUGACGAUCGAAAAGAAGCGCAAAUGCGAGGGCGGCGACUGCGACAACGAUGCCGGCUCGCUUCAGUGCCCUACAUGUCAGAAGCUGGGCAAGGAGUCGUACUUCUGCAGUCAAGAUUGCUUCAAGAGGAAUUGGGGCACGCACAAAGCCCUCCAUAAGCAGCAGAACAGUAUGCUCUCCUCCAUCUUCCCGCCGAAAGUUGUCUCACAGCCGGAUGCAGAUGGCCACUACAACCCGUUCCCCUCCUACUCCUUCACUGGUGGUCUGAGACCUGUGUACCCGCUGAGUCCGAGAAGGGCGGUGCCGGAGAAGAUACGGCAUCCCGACUAUGCAGGCAGCGGUAUACCGUACAGCGAGCAGAAAUUUGUGGGCAGGCGUAACGUGACGAUCUUGAACAAGGAGGAGCAAGAGGGUAUGCGCAAGGUCUGCCGGCUGGCGAGAGAGGUGUUGGAUAUUGCUGCAGCCAUGUCCAAGCCUGGAGUCACAACGGAUGAGAUCGACAAGGCGGUUCACGAAGCAUGCUUAGAACGAGAUUCCUACCCCUCGCCCCUCAACUACUGCCACUUCCCCAAAUCCGUUUGCACCAGCGUCAACGAAGUCAUCUGCCACGGCAUCCCGGACCACCGCCCACUCCAGGACGGCGACAUCCUCAACAUCGACGUCACACUCUACCACGGCGGCUACCACGGCGACCUGAACGAAACCUACUACGUCGGCCCCUCCGCUGCUCAGGACCCAGACAACGUCCGCGUCGUCGAAGCCUCUCGCGCCUGCCUUGACGAAUCAAUCAAGCUCGUCAAGCCCGGCGCCCUCUUCCGCGACUACGGCAACACCAUCGAGAAAGUCGCCAAAUCCUACAACUGCCAAGUCGUAAAAACAUACUGCGGCCACGGCAUCAAUCAGCUUUUCCACACCACGCCCAACGUACCGCAUUACGCCAAGAACAAAGCGAUCGGAGAGGCGAAGCCCGGGAUGUGCUUCACGAUUGAGCCGAUGAUUACGCUGGGGAGCUACAAGGAUAAGACUUGGCCGGAUGACUGGACGAGUGUGACGGUAGAUGGGAAGAAGACGGCGCAGUUUGAGCAUACGCUGUUGGUAACGGAGACGGGGGUGGAGGUGCUGACGGCAAGGUUUGAGAAUUCGCCUGGUGGGAAGGUUGAGAUGCCGAAGGCGAAUGAGACGAAUGGUACGAAUGGGGAGGUCAAGUCGUAG